UUUUUUUUUUUUGCAAAGAAGCAGCCGGGUAUAAGGAGUGAUUUAAUCAGGGUCUCAGAAGUAGAACUGGAGCAGAGCCGGGGUCCUGGUGCCCACCGGUUCUCUCCCCUCUGCACUGGCCUGCGUGUGACCCAGAACCCUGGUCCUGACCGGUUACCCUGUGGGUCACUCGCUGCCGUUGUAUUGUGCCUCUUGUAUUGUGGUAUUACUCCUUUUGGGAAGGUGGUAUUAUCCUGUUUCAUCCUGUAGAAACUGAGUGAGGGUAAGAGGAAUUUAAUGAUUUUAUGACUGUUUGUGGCAACUCCUUAGUAUGAAGGUCGAUUUUCAACUUAGAGAGCAGAGCCGUUCUUCUAGACCACGUGGAGAGAAGAGAGCAGAAAAUUAGUUUCAGGAAAAAGCGAUCCCUUCCUUUAGUGGCAUGGUUCAGGAUAACCUCCCAUCGCAGUCCCAUCCUUGCGCGCCUCGCUGCUUGUGCCAGCCUGCAUGACAACCCAAAAGACUCCUUUAGAUGUUGCUGAACUAGUUACCAUAAAAAGUAGCUCACUUUCAAACUCCCACGUUUCAACAACAGAGAAAUUCAGUACAAAGGUAUUUGAAGUUUCCCUGGAACCUGGGCUCCCCAGACGCAGUGCUGGAGCAGAUGGAUAAUGGAGACUGGGGCUAUAUGAUGACUGACCCAGUCACAUUAAAUGUAGGUGGACACUUGUACACAACGUCUCUCACCACAUUGACCCGAUACCCGGAUUCCAUGCUUGGAGCUAUGUUUGGGGGGGACUUCCCCACAGCUCGAGACCCUCAAGGCAAUUACUUCAUUGAUCGAGAUGGACCUCUUUUCAGAUAUGUGCUCAACUUCUUAAGAACUUCAGAGUUGACCUUACCCCUGGAUUUUAAGGAAUUUGAUCUGCUUCGAAAAGAAGCAGACUUUUAUCAGAUUGAGCCCUUAAUUCAGUGUCUCAAUGACCCUAAGCCUUUGUAUUCUAUGGAUACUUUUGAAGAAGUUGUGGAGUUAUCUAGUACUCGGAAGCUUUCUAAGUACUCCAAUCCAGUAGCUGUCAUCAUAACCCAAUUAACCAUCACCACCAAGGUCCAUUCCUUACUAGAAGGUAUCUCAAACUAUUUUACCAAGUGGAAUAAGCACAUGAUGGACACCAGAGACUGCCAGGUUUCCUUCACUUUUGGACCCUGUGAUUAUCACCAGGAAGUUUCUCUGCGGGUCCACCUGAUGGAAUAUAUCACAAAACAAGGCUUCACGAUCCGCAACACCCGGGUGCAUCACAUGAGUGAGCGGGCCAAUGAGAAUACAGUGGAGCACAACUGGACUUUCUGUAGGCUGGCCCGGAAGACAGACGAUUGAUAUCCAGCCCUGGGGGUUGUUCCUGGAUACUGACUCUCGAGGAGAUGGAAGAGACUGAUUUUUUUUUUUUUCAAUCACAGUGGGAUUUAAAAAAAAAAUUUUUUUGUAUUUAUUUGAAAGUAUUGAGGACCAGAAGGAAGUCUUAUGCUUUAGCAGAAUCCUCUAUGUUUGUUCUCUUGACCCUGAGUAUGCAUGUGCCUGUUCAGAGCCUCCAGAUAACUUUUUUAUAAAAAGAAGUCUGAAAAUUAUUAUGGUAUAUAAUCAACCCUUAACAGAGCUUUUUUUAUUACAGUGCUAAAAUGAUUUCUGAUUAAAUGGUCCCUAACUCAACUAGAAGGCUCAAAAUUAUAGGAAUGAAAGAAUAAACAGAGUGGUACUCAUGAUGCUUUUGACAAAAAUCAAAACAUCAUGUAGGGUGACCUAGUUUCCAAACCAAUAAGCAGUAUUGUAAUAUUAAAGGAAAACUGUUCCAAUCAUUAAAAGUACUUGUUAAGUACUGCUUUUUACAGUUACAGCAACUGUUUCUUUCUAUGCAUAUAAAUCAAGCAACCAAAUAUCUGUAGCCAUGGAAAUGUCUGACUAGAAAUAUUUAUAUUGGAUUCUGAAUACAAAAUGUCCCUGUGGUAGAAAUCUUACUUCUUAUGCCUGGUGCAGUAUAAUUCCUCAGUGUACUGUCUACCAGAAAAAAACUAAUAAAAAAUGAAAUAGAAAAAUUAA